AUGGCAGAGUCGCAGGAAUGGCCAUCUAGGAAGGUGCGAACGACCUUUUUGGAAUAUUUCAAGGAGAGGGGACACACCUACGUCCCUUCGUCCUCGGUUGUCCCGCACGAUGAUCCCACCCUUCUCUUCGCCAAUGCUGGUAUGAACCAAUUUAAACCUAUCUUCCUCGGUACUGUCGACCCUACGACUGAGGCCGCCAAGUGGAAGCGUGCGGUCAACUCCCAGAAGUGUAUCCGUGCAGGAGGAAAGCACAAUGACCUCGAGGAUGUCGGUCGCGAUUCUUACCAUCACACCAUGUUCGAGAUGUUGGGUAACUGGUCCUUCGGCGACUACUUCAAGAAGGAGGCUAUCGAGUACUCAUGGGAGCUCCUCACCAAGACCUUCGGUCUCCCCGCUGACAGGAUCUACGUCACCUACUUCGAGGGUUCGGAAAAGGCCGGGUUGGGCCCUGAUUUGGAGACGAAGAAUUUAUGGUUGUCAGUUGGUGUUGCGGAGGAUCACAUUUUGCCUGGAAACAUGAAGGACAACUUCUGGGAGAUGGGUGACCAGGGACCUUGUGGACCUUGUUCCGAGUUGCACUUCGACCGUAUUGGUGGACGUAACGCUGCGCACUUGGUUAACAUGGAUGACCCCAACGUUCUCGAGAUCUGGAACAACGUCUUCAUGCAGUACAACCGUGAGGCUGAUGGUACUUUGAGGACCCUCCCCGCCCAGCACGUUGACACCGGUAUGGGUUUCGAGCGUCUCGUGUCUGUUCUUCAGAACAAGAUGUCUAACUACGACACUGAUGUCUUCACCCCUCUCUUCGACAAGAUUCAGGAGCUGACCGGCGCACGGCCGUACGGCGGUGCUUACGGUGAGGAGGAUGUCGACGGUAUCGACACUGCUUACCGUGUCGUUGCUGACCACGUUCGUACUCUUACCUUCGCCAUCUGUGACGGUGGUGUUCCCAACAACGAGGGUCGUGGUUACGUCCUUCGCCGUAUUCUCCGUCGUGGUGCCCGUUACAUCCGCAAGAAGUUCAACGUUCCCAUCGGAUCGUUCUUCUCCCGCCUCGCCCCCGUCCUCGUUGACCAGAUGUCCGACAUCUUCCCAGAGCUCAACAACAAGAUGGGUGAUGUUAAGGAGAUUUUGGAUGAGGAGGAGGAGUCUUUCUCCCGUACCUUAGAUCGCGGAGAGAAGAUGUUCGAGCAGUACCUUAAGGCUGCUCAGGCCAAGGGUGCUAAGCAGUUGGAGGGUGCCGAUGUCUGGAGACUAUACGAGACCUACGGUUUCCCCGUCGACUUGACCCGCUUGAUGGCUGAGGAGAAUGGCCUUGGUGUUGAUGAGGAGGGUUUCGAGAAGGCUCAGGAGGAUUCCAAGGCCAUUGCUCGUGCUUCCCGUAAUGCUGGUGGUAAGGGUGCUGAGCUUUUGAAGCUUGACGUGCACGUUCUCGGUAAACUCGCUGAGAUGGAUGAGGUUCCUAAGACUGACGACAAGUACAAGUACGAGCUCGGCAACAUCAACGCCCAGGUCAAGGCUAUCGUUCUCUCUAACAAGGACUUCGCUCAGACUACCGAGGGAUCCCGGGAGGGCGAGCAGAUCGGUAUCCUCUUGGACAAGACUAACUUUUACGCCGAGCAGGGUGGUCAGGAGUUCGACACCGGAAAGAUUAUCAUCGAUGGUCAGGCUGAGUUCGAGGUUGACAACACCCAGGUUUACGCUGGUUACGUCCUCCACACCGGUUACAUCAAGUACGGUUCCCUUAAGGUCAACGACGAGGUUAUUUGCGAGUACGAUGAGUUAAGAAGAUGGCCCAUCCGCAACAACCACACCGGAACUCACAUUCUCAACUACGCUCUCCGCGAGGUCAUCGGUGACAACGUACACCAACGUGGUUCCCUUGUCGCUCCCGAGAAGUUGAGGUUCGACUUCACCCACAAGACCGGUCUUACCAUCCCCGAGUUGGCUAAGGUUGAGGAGUUGUCAAACAUCGCCGUUAAGGACAAUGUAAAAGUCUACGCCAAGGACGUCAAGCUCGACCUCGCCAAAGAGAUCGCCGGUGUCCGUGCCGUUUUCGGUGAGACCUAUCCUGACCCCGUCCGUGUCGUCUCCGUCGGUGUUUCGAUUGAGGACAUCCUCGCUGACCCCAAGAACGAAAGGUGGGAGAAAACCUCUAUCGAGUUCUGUGGUGGUACUCACGUUGCCAAGACUGGUGACAUCAAGGACUUCGUCAUCGUCGAGGAGUCCGGUAUCGCGAAGGGUAUCCGCCGUAUUAUCGCUGUCACCGGCGAGGAGGCUCACCGCGUCUCCCGCGAGGCCAACGAGUUCUCCGCUCGUCUCGACACCCUUGACAAGAUGGCCCUUGGUCCUCAGAAAGAGGCUGAGGUCAAGUCCACCUCUGUUGAGUUGAACAACCUUUCCAUCUCCGCUGUCCGUAAGCAGGAGUUCCGUGACCGUUUCGCCAAGAUCUCCAAGGAGGUCGCCGAUGCGGAGAAGGCUAAGAAGAACGCCGAGUCCAAGGAGACUGUCGAGGCUGUCAAGAAGUACAUCGAGGAGAACAAGGAGGCUCAGUUCAUGGUUGCUGUUGUGCCCAAUGUCUCUGCGAACCCCAAGGCUUUGCAGGAGGCUAUCAAGCACGUUUCCAAGAACGCGAAGGACAAGUCUGUUUACUUGUUGGCUGCUGAUGCCGCUGCGGAUGGUAAGGUUGCGCAUGCCUGUAUCGUCUCUAAGGACGCUGCUGGCAAGGGUGUCAACGCACAGGAGUGGUCUGGAGCCGUCUCCAAGAUCGUUGGUGGUCGUGCUGGUGGAAAGCCUGACUCUUGCCAGGGUGUUGGUACGGAGGUCAGCAAGGUCGAUGAGGCUGUUGCUGCUGCUGAGGAGUACUUGAAGAACUUGAAGCUCUAA